GCAGGGAGGUGGUAGCAUCUGGGCACUUGGACUCCUCCACCAUCUCACAUAGACUCAACACCUCUCGCGCACCCGGCCCCCUUUUUUCAUCAACCACCGUGGACUGGUGAUGGAUUCUAGGCUGCUGAUUGUACCGGGGAUCCCCACAUCGGACCCGACCGUCCGGGCACCCUGGAACAUCAGCUCCAUCAGUCCGCACCGGCUCAUGGAGCUGUCACCAGUCGCCACAACUAGCUCCAUAGUUCCAAGCCACCCGUUUCCGACGGUCGACGUCCCAAACCAUGCUCACUACACCAUCGGUGUUGUCAUUAUGGCUGUGGGCAUCACAGGCUUGCUGGGAAACUUCCUGGUCAUAUAUGCUUUCUGCAGGAGCCGGAGCUUGCGGACGCCAUCCAAUAUCUUUAUCAUUAACCUGGCAAUCACAGACUUCCUCAUGUGUUUCACCCAGACGCCCAUCUUCUUCCUCACCAGCAUGCACAAGCGAUGGAUCUUUGGGAAGAAAGGUUGUGAGUUGUAUGCCUUCUGCGGAGCGCUCUUUGGUAUCUGCAGUAUGAUUACACUGAUGGUGAUUGCGGUGGACCGGUAUGUGGUGAUCACCAGGCCUCUGGCCUCUCUUGGGGUGAUGUCUCGCAGGAAAGCCCUUAGCAUCUUGGCUGUUGCCUGGGUCUACUCAAUGGGCUGGAGCCUUCCCCCCUUCUUUGGCUGGAGUGCCUAUGUCCCGGAGGGUCUGAUGACGUCCUGCUCCUGGGACUACAUGACGUUCACCCCUUCUGUCCGCUCCUACACCAUGCUGCUCUUCACCUUCGUCUUCUUCAUCCCUCUCUCCAUCAUCAUCUUCUGUUACUGCUGCAUCUUCAGGGCCAUCCGACACACAACACGAGCCAUAGCAAAGAUCAACUGUGUGGGAAACCGAGACUCAGCAAAGAGGUUCCACAAGAUGAAGAGUGAAUGGAGGAUGGCGAAGAUUGCAUUCAUUGUCAUCCUGCUGUUUGUCAUCUCCUGGGCCCCUUACUCCUGUGUGGCCCUCACUGCAUUCGCUGGGUACGCUGACAUGUUGACUCCCUACAUGAACUCUGUUCCUGCUGUGAUCGCCAAAGCAUCUGCCAUCCACAACCCCAUCAUAUACGCUAUUACACAUCCAAAAUACAGGUCAGCUCUCAGCAGGUACAUACCCUACCUCGGGGUGUUGCUGUGCAUUACUGGCAGGGAUCGUCUAAGCAGCAGCUUCCAGUCCACCCGCCGCUCAACCCUCACCAGCCAAUCAGAGGGCAAAGGCCCCAACAAGGCCCGCCACUCCUCCCAGUCCGAGAGCGAAUCAGCCCAUUUCUCAGACACGGAAGAAGACUGCUCCUCUCGGACGUCUGUCACUCGUCAGUUGUCCACUGAUGUCAAACACGUGCGCCAUGCGAGCCAGAGGUUAAAGGUGAGAGGUCAUAGCGCAGGAGAAUUUGAGAGAGCGGCCGCCCACAACCCCACUGACCCAGCCAUAUGUCACCUCUCACAGAUCACUACUCUGACAGAGCCUGAGGACAUCUCCAUGUCGGACAUCAGUCUGCAGCCAACCAGUCAACUGCCUGCUACUCUGGAUAACGUGAUGGCGGCGCCGGGGCCAAGGAAUGUGUGUAAAACAACACCAUCUGUCAUCGUCACCUCUAUAUCCAGCCCGUCUAUACUGCACAGUCCGCCAGGUUUUCAUGGCAACCAGAAAUUGACCAUAACUUACAGCCCGGCCGUCAAAGAUCCCCUUGACGUGGCCCGACUGGAGACGACAGCAUUGCAAUGAACAGCUGGACAAAAGUGCAAUGGGAGUGUGUAAUUGUAUGUGUGUGUGGGAGUGUUUGUGUAACAUUAUUUACCCCUCAUGGGACUUUUUCUGCACUGGCAUGCUGUUUGCUAGUUAUGGCAUAAAACCAGACCAUGUUCUCUUUCAUUUUUUUUGCAGAGUGUGCGAGAAUGUGAGUGCAAACGCCUCGUAAAUUUAAAUGUGUGUCCGUAUUUGCAUAGAUUUAUACGUUUAGUUUUUUUCCGACAUAUCAUGAUGGUUGAAGUUGGUUUAUCUCUGAGCUGGAGGCAACAACUUAGCCUUAAUGAACACUACGGGAAAGGUGUUUUUUUAUGGAUAAUUUGAAGAAACAAAAAUGUAUUUAUUCAUAAAGGACAACGCACUGUCCAACAUUUUCUCUUGAAAGUAAAAUAAAGGUCAUCGUUAUUUUCCCGUACAUUAACUGAAUAUUUUUAAGGACAACGGACAACAUCAGAAAUUCUGAAAUCCUUUUUAUCCAUUGCAUUGCAACUAGCGAUGCAUAAUUUUUUUUAAGCAACUGAAUAUUUGUGGAACAACCCAGUGAAAAUAAUUGUUAAAAAAUUAACAGUUGAUAGUGUCGUUACAUUUUUUUUUUGUUAAGGCAUCCCACUUUCUUUACUAUGUGUAUUUUUGUAAAAUUUGUCUUGAAAAUCUGCUGAAACCUCAGAUUGAUUGAUAUUUCUUUCAGGGGGGUUAUGCACAGACCAUAGACAAAAUAAAAAAUGGCACUCAGAGAACUCAUACAUCAGCCAAGACUCAACAGUCCACUGAUGAAACCUCAUUUAAAUUCACUAGACUCAGAUUAUUAUUUGGAUCUGUAGAAAAUUUCACACACAUAUAAAUAUCAGUCCACUAAAUGUGUCCAGAUCCAUGAACUUUUCUCUUGGAAAUCAACAAAAUGUUGAAAUGCACCCUACCUCACAAUGUUAAAGGAAGUGAAAAAAUAUCCUGGAUUUGCACCUUGUUACGCUCCUUCAAAAAUGUUCAUGUGAAUAGCUUAAGUAGUUUUUAUGUGAUUGUGCUAACAAACAAAUGUAUGUGGCUCGGAGAGAUGGAGCGCUCAGUCUUUCUGCCCUCUAGUGGUCAAACAACCCACUUAAUGCCACUUUAAUGUGAGAUGUGCCACUUCCUAAAUGAACCACAUACACUCAACAGGUCACGAGAGGAUGAUUUUAUUUUCCCUGUAGCUCUUUAGCAAUGAUUUUUCCAGUCCUGCAUGGUGACACAAAGUUCUACAGAUCAGGUCACAGAUGUGUCGCGACACCACAGUCCAUCAAGCCAGUACUGUGUGAGCAUGCGAGCGUUAGGGUGAGAGUGUGUCCGCACUGGAGAACUGGACUCAAUGCUGUAACUACACAUUCCUCUUGAUGCCAUAUAACAUCUAUUAUUAGAUCCGCAGGAGACAGUAUGUGAAAUGACUUUUUUGUUAUAUAGUUAAAAGGUGUGUUUCAGGGCUUUUAUCUCAUCGUUCACAGUUGUACAGAAACACUUCACCGUCCUGUUCAUUGAACAUCGUGUCUGCAAAACUUUUUUUUUCUCCACUUCUGGGCACUGCACUUCCCUUCAAGGCUUCUUAAAUUGCUGCAUCAUUGACUAUGAUUGUAACUUUUCACACGUGGAAACAAAUCUGACACACACACUCAUGUUUGUGUUUGUCGACUGACAAUUUCAUUAAAGAUAGUACAAAUCUUGAUAGUAAGUGUUGUAACAUGUCCUCCAGUCUCCAUCAGUGAAUGUAAAAAUGUUGGAAUUAUGACAAAAUACAAAUGAAUAUUAUAUAUAUAUGUA